AAAGAAGAAACUCUUGCCGAUAAGGAAUUUCCCUCGAUUAAGCGCACAGAAAAUCCACUCUUUCCGCAAUGGAAAGUGCGCGACUCAUUCAGAUGCCGUUUUGACAGAGCAUUGUCGCCGCCCCUCCACGUGUCUUGUCCGCGCAAACAAGUUCGGAAAGCGAAUUGUCUUUCUGCCUACCUUUUCUUGGGGUUUUCUUCCGACGUUUCUUUUCCCCCUUUCCCCUGCAAUUUUGUAUUCGACUUUUUCCCACGGGUUUCGUCAGGAAUUCAUUAUCUGCGUUGCUCCCUUGAGUGCAGACCCCUUGGCUUCUCGAUCCCGCCCUCUUAGUCUCUCUUGCCUUGCGCGCUUCCCCGUGCCCACAUUUAUUCAUUCUUUGCAUCUGUCUUCAAAUAAUCCAAGGACGUUUCCAUUGUACGCCGACAUUUGUUUUUGUAUGUAUGUCCCCGGACAGAUGAACGCGUAUCCCGCCCAGCGCGGCCCAUCUAGCCACUCAGGUGUACAUGCACCUCACUUGUUGCAUUCACACAUCGACAAGUUUCCAUGCAUAUGUGUACCUUCGCCUGCGGCUGAUCCGCGCUUUGUGAACGGUGUUCUUGUGAACGGUGUCCUUUUUCUUGACGACGCGUCCAGAUAUGCGAAGGGCGCGACCAUCCACUUAAUUCCAUCCACAAGGUCGCGACUUUCCCCUCCAUUACCUACUUGUAAACGACCCGCUUCAAGCCACCAGCCGCUUCUUCCCCGUCCUCGGAAACCUGCUUCGAGUUGAAAUGGAGCACGGCGGCUUUCUCUCUUCGAGGGGUCUGCGGUCAGAGCCGACACAGCCGCCGCGUUUGCCCGCGGAAAACGGCCGUUCUUACAUUCCGUCCGCGCCGCAUUUGGGCGGGGAAAACGAAUCAACGUGGCAGCCAACAGCGCCGGUUGCUGUUCAGUCGCCUUGCGUCCGGCCGCGACUUCACUCGGAGGCAACUGUUUAUCCGCCUUUUCCCGAGGCCGCUUUUCCACCGUCUACCUGUGUUCCGACUUUUCAGCAGCGUGUGUCUCGCCUCAGUGCCGACAGCAGCUGCUUCCCUCCUCACGGGGGGAUGGCUUCGUCCUCAGCCCCGGUCGACGGUUCUGGCUUCUCUGGAGAUUUGCACAGCCACUCCUUCGGCGCGCACCCGCUGCAGGGACCGGCCUCGCGCAUGCAGCCGUGGAGGCGACAGCACGGACCUGAAGCGCCUGCCUUUUUGGCGGAGAGGACCCGGGUGUGGGGAUCCGUUGCGGAAACGCCUGCGAGGGCCGAGGGGACGAAGCGACAGGAAGUGACAACCUUCGCCAGUAUGAAAGAGACCGGCCUCUGUAGCGCCCCGCAGGAAGACAUGCGCCCGCCGUCCGCUCCGUUCCAACCUAGAGAUCCAGGCAUCAAAGGCGGAGCGCUAUGUCCUGAGGAGCAGGAGCAGCCGUACCGAGAAACGUCGCCGCCCCCCGUUUCCUUCGGUUCACUGUCCGCUCUCAGACAGUAUGCACGAGACCAGGAGGCGAGUGGUUGUUUGGGGGCGACACGCAGCCUGCCAGAGGCUUCGAGGGGCGCUGCAGAGGGGACGAACGAGGCAAGAGGGCCAGCUUCUGGUCCGCAAGAAAACUCAGAGAAAGGGAGAGCAAACGCCGUAGACCCCCGUGUCUCAUCCUCCAUCAGCGGAUCGAGAAAAUACGACUCCGUCUCCCAGGUGUACAUACCCGAGAAGCUGCAGUGUGAACCGCAAGUUGUGGAAACCGUUAUUACAGUACCGCGCGUCAUGUACGAACAGAAAAUCACUGAAGUGCCUCAGGUGAUGGUUCGAGAACGCGUACUCGAAGUUCCAAACAUCGUCCGAAAGGAGAAGGUCGUCACAAUUCCCAAAAUUGAAUACCAAGAGAAAAUUGUGGAGGUUCCGGUGGUCAAGUACGUGGACAAAGUGGUGGAAGUGCCGCAGUGCGUCGUCGCUGAGAAAUUCGUGACGACAGACGAGGUGAUUCGCCAGGAGAAAAUUGUGCCGAUUCCCAAGAUCGAGAUCGUCGAAAAAAUAAUUCAAACUCCGAAAGUCAUUCAAGUCGAAAAGAUUGUGGACGUCCCCAGGAUCGAGUACAGAGAGGUGGAAGUGGAAAAAAUUGUCGAGGUACCGCAAAUCGAAAUUAAAUACGUCGAACGAGAAGUCCCGGUGCCCCAGAAGGUCAUCAGACACGUUCCUGUCGACAAGAUUGUUGAAGUCCGACAAAAGAAAGUUGUGGAGAAGAUCGUCAAAAUUCCUGUUCCUCGUUACGUCGAAGUGCCAAAGUACAUUGAACAGGCUGUCCCGCGGGAAAAGAUUGUGCGCGUCGAGAAAAAGAUCGAAAGGAAAGUGCCGACGCCACAGCCUCAAGAUACCUACCAGGAGGUCGAGAAGCCGGUCUACGUUACAAAGUACAUUGAGAGGAGAGUGCCUGUGCCUACGGAGAGAAUCGUGGAGGAGCAUGUGCAAGUGGAAGUACCUCGCGAGGUGAUUGUGAAGAAGCCGUACGACGUCGUUCGCCUCGUACAGAAGCAGGUAGAAGUAGCUGUGCCUUUCGUCUCUGGAGACCCUCUGAUUUUGACUGCUGAGGGAUAUAUUCCUUUUCAAGAGUUCGCCCAGAAAUCUCAAGUGCUCACUGCGAAAGACAGGCAAUUCUAUGAACGGCAGUCGGAGGCUCUCGGCUCUGUGCAUGCAUCCAACGUCGAUACGCAACCGAGUUCCCCGUCGCCGUCUCUCUCCUUGACUUCGACACCCGAGGCCGAUGGUUUUCGCGGAGCUCAAGCUAGACUGCCCGAGGCGAAUGCCGCCAAGGGUACGUCUUCUGUCGCCGGAUUGUCGCAGACAACUCAACAGUCGGCCUCCCCUCUCUCUCCACGGAACUCGCCCACUUCGUAUUCUACCUGUUCUGUAAAACCGAAUCUCUCACAGGCCGUCAACUAGUUCCGGUGUCGCCGCUACCUUGUUUUCCUGUUGCGGGUUCUCCACAUUUGACUCUGCAUGCACGGAACGCCACCUGCAGCAGCAGUCUCGAAUUUUUCUGCAUAUGCUUCAGUGUAUGGCACCCCCGCCUUUGUAAUGUGCGUAGAGACGUUUACACUGACAGGAUCCAGCGUCAACAUUUGGACGGGUGUCUGUCUAAAUUUGGGGUCUUGCCAUUUGUCUAAAAAGCCUUGUCGAGAUGCAUGCGCUUUCCACCUCAACGUUCGCUCACUUGAGCACCCGUGCAAGCAGGCACGUGGACGCUGUCUUGUUUGAAGAGGGAACUUCCAGUUCUUGAAAACCAGGGAAAUCCACUUUCACAUGCACACAGAAAAGGACAGACGCGACUCGAUCUUUCGGGUGGCAGUUCGGUGAAUCUGGAAUACGGUUCAUCGACCACGACUCGCUCCAGGCAGACCUCCUCCUGGAGAAAAACUAGAUUUCCCCGACCAGACGCUGGAGACUUCUGUCAAGGUUUCGGUGUUUUCGUGGAGACACAACUUCACAAAGAGGGAAAACAGCGGUUUCACCUCUUUACCCCUGCAGCGAAUUUUUAUAUUGAAGUUGGAGGCACACACUGCCCCCGAUCUGUGCUCUCUUUUUAUUCAGUUCUCCGCGCAAGCACACACUUGUGAAAGUGAGCCAACAUAAAAACAUACUCCCGUCCACAUCGACAUGGAGCGAGACAAGUGGCUGUGUUUGUGAGCUUUGGACAAACUCCGCUUUGCAAGAGUUGGCUUUUCUUGUCAUCUCG